UCAGAGUUGUGCAACCAUUGCCACAAUCCAUUUUAGAACAUUUCCAUCACCCCGAAGGAGACCGCGUCAUGCCCUGUUCCCCUUCCCCUGGCCCCUGGUAACUACUAAUCUGUUUUCGGUUCCUGUGCUUUGCCUGUUCUGAACAUUCCACGUACGUGACUGCUGUAAGAUCUUCUGUGCCUGGCUUCUCUCACGUAACAGUGUUCCGAGGUUCGUCUCCACUGUACCGUGUUUCAGGACUUCCUUCCUUCCGUGGCUGAGCGCCACCCCACCGGGAGCGUUCCGGUGGAGGAGUCCACCACGUCUCGCUGACUCGUGCUUCUGUGUGCAGGCCGUGCGCUUGCUGUGCAGGCGGCUCCAGGGCAGAGCCGUCAGGACACCGGCUUCAGCGCUGUGGGAGUGGAGCCUGGGCGCAACAGUCAGGACCUCUGAGCACCUCAGCCAGAGAGACAGCUGCUGCAGGCUCCCGCCUCGCCUUGCCGUUCCUCUAGGGCUGCUUUCCACGAGCAGCCCUAGGCCUUGUUGAGCCCUGUGUGUGCGAGGCCUGACUCACCUGCCCGCCUCAGGAGCAUGGCAUCCGCCUUUGAGAGGGUGGUCAAGAGCGUGGUCCAGGAGCUGGACCACAGUCAGGAGCUAACCCCAGUGAACAGCCUGUGGAGCUCCGCCGGCUUUCAGCCCUACUGCCUUUUGGGCAGGAGGCCCUCGAGUUCAUGGUUCUGGAGACCGCGCUACAAAUGUGUCAGCUUGUCCCUCAGGGACAUCCUGGAGCCUGAUGCCCCGGAGCCAGCUGUGGAGCAGGACAGCCCCUUCCACUUCCACGAGACUAUGGACGGGCAGCUGAAGGGCAGUGUGAAGCUAGCGGUCCCAGGACAGGGGAAGAUCUCAGGCAAGGCCGCGGGGUCCAGCAGCUCCAGUGCCUCAGUGAACGUGUGCAUGCUGCGAGUGGCCCCCAGCACCUGGGAAGCCAUGCGCCGAGAGAGGCGCCUGCGGAAGCCCGAGCACAAAAUCCUGCAGCAGCUGCGGCACCGUGGGGAUGACGUGUUUGUGGUGACCGAGGUGCUGCAGAUGCAGAAGGAGGUGGAGAUCACCCAGACCCACAAGCAGGAGGGCUCGGGCCAGUUUGCACUGCCUGGAGCCAUCUGUUUGCAGGGCAAGGGCCAGGGCCACAUGAGCCGGAAGAAGACGGUCACCAUCCCCUCGGGCACCAUCCUUGCGUUCCGGGUGGCCCAGCUAAUUAUUGACCCUGACUGGGACAUCCUCCUCUUCCCGAACAAGAAGCAGAGGACCUUCAGCGGGCCACUGCAGGCAGGCCGCACGGGUCCAGGCAGCCAGCCAGAGCCGUCCCUCCGCGUCUCCGACCAACUCAAGUUCCUGUCAGACGGGCUCAUGGAGGACCAGUUGGAGACCACUGAGGACUUCCAGGGCCUGCAGUUGGAGGUGGGGGCCUGGGCCGCAGGUCUGGAGGGCUUGUCCGAGGAGCCAUGUGGGCAGCUGCUGGGGGGCCUGGGGCAGGUGCUGCAGGAUGAGCACGCCCUGGAAGCCCUGGAGGAGCUGCUGGAGCGGGGCCUGUGCGGCGGGCAGGUGGAGCCUCAGGACGGUCCAGUGGGCGCCAUCCUCGAGUGCCUGGUGCUCCCCUCCAGACAGCUGGAAGAGGAACUUGCCGGCCCCGUCUCCUACCUGCUGGGAGCUCUGGCUGGUGCGGAGCCUUUUGGAGCAGAGUUCCCCGUGGCAGGAGCGCAGGGCUGUGUCCCUGCCACCCGAGCUCCUGGGGAGCAGCUGGGGCGCAGAGGCACCCUCCUGGGUCCUGCUAGAGGAGUGCGGCCUAGCGCCACAGGCAGGCGACCCCCAGGUGUGCUGGGAGCCGGAAGCCCGAUGCUGCACAUCUGCACUGUACGCCUGCCUCGCCCUGCUGUCGAAGCUGAGCCCGCCCUGCUAGCUGGCCUGCCAGUCUGCCCGCUCGUGGGGACAGCUGUCCUGGCAGGACAGGUCUCCUGCCCACCCAGCAGCCAGGAGCCCAACCCAGCCAUGUGGGUAGCUCACCACAAGGCCUGGGAGUUGGGGAAAGUAAAUAAAUGUGUUGAACAAAGGAAAGAUGGCUCACUGAGCUUUUGAAGGGCCCUAUAUCUGGGGUAGGGGGCAGGGGUGGGGACUGUGCCCCUACGGCAUAGGGAGGAACGUGGGGGUCCAAAGCAGGCAUCUAUCCCAGUGGGCUCACUCCUGCUGCAUCAUGGCGCCCAGGGGAACCAUCCCUGUGCUGGGACCGGGCCACCAUUAGGUGACCAGCCAUGGGGCCAGGCUCCUGGCCCCUCCCCGCAGGCCAGCCUGUGAAGGAAGCGGAGCAAGUCAACCCCCAGGAUGGGUCUCUCGGCUUCGAGGAACUUGAGAGCUGAUGGAGGCAGGGGCUGCAAAGGGGAUGAGAACCCGUGGGCUGACAAGAGAUGGACCUGCACUCUUGGGGCUGCAUGGAGGCCUGGGGAAGUGACCUGAACCAGAGAAACUGGCCUUUGGGGUGUGUUUCAUCCAAAUCCAUUCACUCAGAGGUAAGAGUCUCUGGAGAAGAGGCCUCCUGGUCCCCGAGCUGCAGUCCUUGCAGGGCUUGGCCUCAGUGGGAAUCCAGGACUGCAGCCUCCUGUGGGUCACAGCCUGUGGUCCAGGACUGGCUAAAGAGAGGGGGUGAUCGCUUCGGCUGUGGCUGGGAAGUUAACCCCCGAGAAAACUCUGGGUCAAGGCCAACAGUGAAAUUAACAAACAGAAGCAUGCACCCCAAACAUCCCGGAUCUAGGUACAGAAACCCCCUGGAAACCGACCCCUCCCACGGUGAAGGGAGAUGCUGGAUGCCUCUCAGGCCUUCUUGUGUUCACCAGGGCCAUGCUGCUCCCUGGGGAACCUUGUUAGGGGAACUUGAAAGGCAAAAGCAAGGUGGACAGGACUGGAACGGCUUAGGUUCUGGGAAGCACUACGUAAGCAGGAGCGGGAAAGCCGCUCCUUGGCCCUGAGACUCUACCCUCAAGGCCAGGCAGUGACUUAAGUCCUGGGCCCUGCCAGGCCCCCUUUGGAGAGUCUGACCGUCAGCACUCAGGUUCUAGGACCACCAGUGCCCUGAGGUCUCCAGUGGCGUAGCUCACCUGAGAAUAUCUGAGCAUCAAGAUCCAGGCAGGAGGGCAUCAUGCGGAAAAGAGUGCACCCCGAUCCUAGUGCUCCCAGUCCUGGCCCCGUGUAGGGAGAUGGGCUCUUAGCAGGCAGAUCCGAGGGACCUGGGCAGCCUGGACAUUCACAGACCAGAAGUACUCACCUGGGAACAGGGCUAUGGCAUCGCUGCUCCACCUGGACUCCAGCCGGCAAAUCCCCAGGAACGGUGGCACUCCUAGGACAAAGCAACAGGCUUUACAGGGAACCUCACACACGGCAGGCGCGGAGUCUGGCAGGGCUUCCCGCUACUGGGCGAGCAGCAUAGCAAGGCAGGUGGACACAUGACCACAUGCAGGCAGAUGCAUCGUUCAGGAGACAGCCUGUACUCCAAACGGCCUGCUACAGGGUGGAGGUGGCGUGAGAAGAGGUAGGGCGCUGUCUGCCCAGACCUCCGUCUGAGCUGGGCUCUCCGUCCAGGUGAGCAUCACUGUGGGGUUUGGCACCAGCCUGCCCCGCCAUGCUGUGGUCGGACAAGUGUGUACUUGGUGGGAGAAGCAGGCAUCAAAUGCCCACCCAGGGUCCUGCUGAGCCCAGCCCCGGGCCCAGACCAAGUCAGGCGGCUGUGAGGAUGCUGCUCACAGACCUGCCUGCAGUGAUGGGAGCUGAGAAGGGGAUCCAGCCCUGCCAGGGGCCCACAGGCCUGGGAGCUGGUGCCUCCCUGAUGAGUGACUGGCUUGAGAAACCCCGAGGACACGCCCACCUGUGGGGCAGGCUGGCGUUCUUGAAGUCCUUAACCCCCACUCCUGGAUGCUCCAUGUGCCUACAUUCCUUCAUAAAAAGAUAAAGAGCAUUUUUUUCCCAGA